AUGAAACUUGCAGUGACUGUACUAUCAUCAGUUUUGCUUGCUUGCUCGGUCACUAUCGCCAAUCCAGUCCUUCCCAGUGCAACCGCAGAUGCUGAGUCUAGCACUUUGACAGUUCUUCCCACUGCAACUACAAGCACUUAUUCUAGCUCUUCGUCAACUCCUAAUGUAAACAGUAUACACUUGGAUGGCAUUGAUUCACUUUCAACUGGCACUAAGGAUUUGUUCAAACAAUUCUUGAAAAAAGAACGUGCUUGUGAUGAACAAAAAAACACAUGCAGCUCGAUAGAACAGAACUAUCAUAGGCAACAGAAGCUGGUAAAAGGUCUGAAAAAAAGGGUUGACGCUUCAAAACUUAGAUUUAUGAAAGGCAGUGGCAAUUUAAGAUACAGCGAUGAUGGCGAAAUGGAGGAGCUUAAGAUCGAGCUUAAAGAACAGUAUCUCAAACUUAUCAACCUUGAAAAAAGCCAUCAAAAGUGCGAUUCCGAUUAUGGUCAUUUUCAUCUUGAACUAAAGCUCAUCAAAAUGAAACUCGUCAAGUUAUUUUUCGGAGGACCUUGUAAUCUUGAAUUACUUGAAGAGCAAUUUUUGCACAUCAUAUUACACCCUGUCAUUAAAGAUUACCUUGUCGUAUUAGGAUGUAUUGAUAGCCUAUCAUCAAGAUGCAAAAAUGACUCUGAUAAAGAUCCUAGUACUGAUCAUCAACAGCGUCAAAAACCUAGUACUCAGCAACGGGGAUACGAAAAUCCAGCAUAUGAAGGUGAAUUUUCUAAAGAUCAAUCUUCAUCACAUGGCAGUCCAACCUUUGAAGAUCCGCAACAAUCAUCAAAAAUACCGCCUAGAUCUCGUUCCAUUAAAGAAAGAGCCACCUCUGUUAGAAAAAGCCUUUUUUCAAAUAUACGGAAAAGUAUUAGACUCAAGGGUGGAGCUGGAUCAUUAUUCAAGCAACCCAAACAUCAAGAUCGUGAACCAUUGAUUUGA